CCGCCCCGCCUCAAGAUGGCGCCCGGCCGGCUCCGCGCCGCCCCGCCUCAAAAUGGCGGCGGUCGGGGCCGGGCUCUCACCGCCCUCAGGGGGGGCGGCGCCUGCGGCAGCAUGGCGGACGAUAAGGACCCGCUGCCCAAGCUGAAGGACCUCGCCUUCCUGAAGGGGCAGCUGGAGAGCCUGCAGCGGCGGGUGGAGGACGAGGUGCACGCCGGUGUGGGGCAGAAUGGCUCCCUGCUGGCUUCUCCUUUCCUCAAGGGCUUCCUGGCCGGCUACCUCGUAGCGAAACUCCGCUUCUCGGCGGUCCUGGGUUUCGUGGUGGGGACCUGCACGGGUGUCUACGCAGCGCAGAACUACGCCGUGCCCAACGUGGAGAAGACGGUCCGGGACUACCUGAGCUCCCUGAGGAAAGGUGGGGACUAGCCAGGGGAACCCGGCCGGCAGCGGCUGUGUCAGUGGCACUGCUGGGGCAGGAGGCUCCUGUGUCCCUGCGUGCUGCUCCUGCCCCUUGGACGAGGGCUUCGCACCCACCGAUCAUUGUGAGAUGCUCCCCGGUUUGGUUAUGGGGUGUCGGUAACCGGUGACGGUGAGGGGCAACCAUACCCUCACCCCCAGCAGCUCGGACGUGCCGGCUGCCUGCUCCCUUGUCCCCUCUCCCUGCAGCCCCCAAACCGCUGUCACUGCCCCCGUGCCCUUCCACUGAGCGGGUGCCCUGCCCUAGGAGUGAGCUUUGUGCGGUUUCCUGGGGAGACUUCUGCUUCUCCCCUUAAUGAGAAACAAAGCCAUUCCCUUCCUCUGUAUCAGAAAUGUAACAGGUAAUAUCCUGUUUUAAUCAGGCUCAUUAAAUUCAUGGUAUUCGCUUUCUUC